GUUAGCUGAAAUUAAUAAAUUAAUUUGAGGAGGCGUCGCUUGUACAAGCUGAGGAAAAGUGUCGCUGACUUAAACGUAUUUCGAUUUGUUUUGUUUUUUUUUCGGCGUCGGGCUACCUCGCGUGCGCUCCUCAUCGUAAACCGUUAAACUAAACGCUUUUUAAAAUAACGGACUAAAUAGUUUCUAUAAGGAUGAAUAACAACAAAAUAGAGAAAGACAGCGAAACGAGUGAAUACACUAACCACGACGAAGAGGUUCGAACCUUAUUUGUCAGCGGUCUUCCCCUGGAUAUUAAACCUCGGGAACUUUAUCUUCUCUUCAGACCAUUUAAGGGCUAUGAAGGUUCUCUAAUCAAGCUUACCUCAAAACAGCCGGUGGGGUUUGUCAGUUUUGACAGCAGAUCAGAGGCAGAAGCUGCAAAGAAUGCCCUGAAUGGUGUACGAUUUGACCCGGAAAUCCCACAGACCCUACGUCUGGAGUUUGCCAAAGCCAACACCAAGAUGGCCAAAAACAAACUAGUGGGCACACCCAACCCUCCUCCAUCCCAGCAGAGCCCAGGACCCCCAUUCAUCAGCCGUGACCCCUAUGAAAUCACUGUACCCGCCCUGUACCCCAGUACCCCUGACGUGUGGGCGUCGUACCCGCUGUACCCUGCGGAGCUGUCUCCUGCUCUCCCUCCUGCUUUCACCUAUCCUUCCUCUCUCCAUGCUCAGAUACGCUGGCUCCCUCCAACAGAUGGAACUCCUCAAGGAUGGAAGUCCAGGCAGUUCUGUUGAAAUAUGUGUUCCUUUUGUGUGAUGGUGGCUACAGUUGGCCUUGAUGGAGCUGUGCUCCUUUGAACUGCUCAACCUGGGGGGCUCCAGACACACCUGAUCAAACUAUGGACCACAGGUAACACCACUUCCCUGGGCUGCAGGACUUUCAAGACCU